GUUGUGUGUUUCCUCGUAGUUAACGAAUUCAUUUCAAUUUUUUUGUGUUUGUGAUUUUUUUUUUUUGCGCGCGCGCUCAAAUCGCUUUGUUGCCUAGCGAAAUGACUGAUUCCAUGAAAUUAUCCGAAAUGCAACGCAGUAGUAUCGAAUUCGAACGUCAACGACACUUGGCCAACUGGUUUAUCAAGAGUAGUCCGCACAUGGCAACACCAACGACUGUCGGCAGCGUUGCAACCACUGCAACAACAACGGCAACAGCAGCUGGUGCCACAACAGAUACGACCACUACUAGCGCCGUAGCAGCAGCAGUAACAACAAUAAAAAAUACAGCGUCAUCAACAACAAAUCUAGUAGGUGGCAACCAUACAAAUGGCAUGUCGUCGUCAGCCGCCGCACAUCAUCAGCAACAGCAAUUGAAUGCUAAGCAUCACAGCAGUUGUGGUGGCGGCAGCAGCGCUAAUCCACCGCCUCCUGUCUUUUUCUUAGUCUCCAACAAUGGCAACGCAAACGGCAAUCUUGUCAAUGGCAGCAAGCACAGCAGCAAUGCGUCACCGGCUGCUACAGGUGUUGCUACGCCGCCCAAUGCGAUAAGUGCUGUCUCCGGCGGUCCGUUAGGCCAUUUCGCGGCAGUCGAGGGACGCAAACCGAAAUUGCGACGCUUCAACUCGCACGACACCAGCGCAAACAUGUUCUCCGUGGCAGACUUCGAGAAUGCACGUCUGGCGCGACGCAAUGAAAUCGAAAUGAAACAGCGUUUGGCACGACGCAUGCGCAUGAGUGCCGGCGGUGGCGGUUAUAGCUCUGCGGCCGUUGGCGGUAUGGGCGCGAAUCUGUCCGGUGGCAUCGGUUGCGGGCUGGGCGCUAAUGGCAAUGGCAGUGGUGCGGGCAACUGUGGCAAUGGCAGCAUGUGUGGUGGCGGCGAUUACUCCACCGGCGACAGCAAAGCAUCCAAGUACAGCAAUGAGUCCCAGCACGAGCCUCUACCCGCGGACAUCUUUCUCGAUCGCUAUUCGUUGCCGCGCGUAGUGCGUAUCUCGUACAAGACGAAGUUCUCCGACGAAACGCUACAGUCCUCUUCUUCGAAUGGCUCAUCCACGGCCACAACACACACCACCGGCACCAGCGCCUCGAACUCGUCGGUGAGCGCUUGCGGCAUGACGGUGGCCAUUAACAACGGUACCUCCUCAUCGACGGCCUCCUCAAGCGGCAAUGUGAAUGCGCACAGCUCGGGUGCUACGAAUACGAGCAGCAGUGGUGAAAGAGUGACCGCCAAGCACACCACCUCGCAUAACACAACAGUUUUGACAUCAGCUGCAGCAGCGGCGACGUCGACAACCCAGUCAAAUACAGCAAUUAACGGCAAUGGCAACGCGGAUGCGGAUCAUCGCGAUCACGCCGAUCAUGGCGAGCUGUUCUUGCUUUAUCGGCUAAUACGCCAGCGUCACAUAUUUCACGGGCAUAAUGCCAAAACAGCGGCGGCGAGCCGCAAGAAAGGUGUGCUGAUUCCGCAGGAAUUUCCAGGCUACUUUUCGCUGCUCAAUGACAAGGGCAUACCCACAGCGACGCUCUACACCUCACUGAUACAGUUGGUGCGCGAACGUGUUUACAAAUUCGUCUCAGUCGAUAAUAUGCCCGCCUUCACGGAAUCCCAACCCAACGUAAAUAACCCACCCACAGAGGGUUGCAUACCAAUAUAUACCCAACCACCGCCACCACCGACCAACAAUCGCCCACAGUAUGUGAAGACGACAGCGCGAGGUGGUCAAGUCUUUCGACUGCUAGCCGUUUUCGAAGAUGGCAAGCAGGAUCACACGACAAUCGGUUGUACCGGUGGUGUUACAACAAAAGCGAAUAACAAUCAUGGGCGUGAGAAGGAGAAGGGACGCUAUGCGCAAUUGCUGAAUGAGAAUCGACAGGUGUUGUAUGUGUCGCUCUCCACGAAGGGCAAAUUUUACGAGAUCGAACCGGGUAUACCACAAAUACUGCAGAAACUUGGUGGUAUUGGCAAUGACGCGAAUAAAAAAGUCAAUCCGGAUUGUGUGCAUCGCAUUACGACGCUGAUAACGCCACAACGGGAGUUGCCUUUAACGCUACGUUACAUCUCCGGACCGCAUGGCUGCAGCAGCGCGAUACCCGAGAAUGUUUGCAUUACGCACAUAACUACUGAGAAUGUGGUGAUCGCCUGUCCCAUCGAGGACGUGGAAGUGCAAAGUCCACUGCAUUUACGUAAGCUGCAUCUAUCCAAAGAGAUGAAUUUGUUGAAGAGCUCACUGGGUUUCGAGAGCGAACAACGCAUGCUGGCAAAUCCCAAUGUGCAAAAUAUAUUGAAGUUCUGUCAAUUCAAUUGUGAUCAAUUUCUGAAGAUGGUUGAGGUGGAGAUACUGCACCGUCCGGAGCGCUCUGGUUCGAAGAGUCGUGGUGAAGGUUUGAAAAUUCUGAAACCACUACAUCUACCAAAGCUGCUGCGACGUGAGAAGACCACAAUACCAGCACAUGAGAAGGAAGACUCCAUAAUCUUUCUCAGCAAAUCGGAUCUCGCUAAUCUGGAGGCAAAAGAAGCAGCCGCACAAGCAGCCUUUGAAGGAGCAGCAAGCAGCACCAACCGCAUUAGUGAUAAGAUGAAAGUUUUUCAGUCGACAAAGAAGAAAUGGUUCCGCAAACAGGACAAACAUGCAGCGCAUACAAUGACCUCCUACGAACUGGAUGUGCAGGCGAAGCGCAUGAGCAUGGAACGUUAUUCGGAUAUGUCAAAGCUGUUACAGGAACGUUUCGGCGAUAAACCAAAUACACAGCCACAAGACGCGCACGAAUCAAUUUCGGAACCAAGUGGCGGCGCUUCGGACAUCGGUUGUUCGGAUACGGAGACCACAACUUUGGCGACUAUCGAUGAAAAAUUCAAGAAAGUCGAAACGAGCGGUAAUAAAAUGAUAACCAAAUCCAUGUCGCUGCAGGAUAUUGAGCUUAUUAGCGGUGGUGCCGCUGCACGCAAACCUGAUUUGCUACCUAACACUGAUACCAUCUCAGAGGCGGGCACAGAUCUUGAAGAUCUCGAGAAUCAGGAUCUCAUGCCACAGUCUUUUAUAACCGAAAAGCUUUAUAAUGAGUUUCAUGUCAAAACGCGGCAGUACAGCAAAUCCUCCUCAAGUCUACAUCAACUCUUGAAUUUCUCAUUACCACAAAAAAUGCAAUUACACGACAACAAGCGUUCGCUGGCGCAACUGAAGCACAAUGGCAACAAUGGCGUCUUAGCAGCGAAACCAACAUUGGGUGACAAACGACUUGAUUUUAAUAUCGGCGAACCCGUUACUGGCAGACGUGCCGCUGGCGGGCUUUCACUGCUUGCCGGCAUCGGCGGUCUGGGCCAUGCAAGCAAUCACACUGCGCUCGCGUCACCUCUCACACCCACCAGCUUAAUUGACGACCYGCCCUACUCGAGCGUACGCGAUUCGCUAGUGCUCUCAAGUGACGAAUCAGCAUCGGAGAAUCCAGCGGGCAACAUUUGCCAGGCGCUCAACAUGAUCGACUACAACAAAGAGAAUAUCUAUGCGGAGAUAUGUCACGACAAUGUUAGCCACAAUGCCGCAGCCACAGCUGGCACUACGGUCUCGGCUAUGGGCGGCAUUUGCACAUCAGCCACGCGUGACACUUUUUCGGCUGAAACACACUCCACGCAGAUCUCGGACGAUUACGGUGAUUACGCAUCGCUAACAUACACCACAAUUGCACAGCCGUUUAACGGUAGUGCACGCAGCGCGAGCAUUGCCAGCGCGCUCAGCAAGUCGACGAGCGGUCAAACUGUGGUUAGCGCAAUAGCGCCACCAGCAGGCCUGGCGAUCAGUCGCGUACAAAUCAAUUGCAACUCUGUCAGUCCGGUGAGCUAUCACACAGUAUAUUUGGGCGAUGAGCCGCUGCACAACGACAAACAACGCGAACGCGGAACAAGACGUGGCAAAGUGGGCAGCAAAAGUCGCGCGCAUGUCACCACAGUGGCGCUGGAGGGCAACUCGGCAACGGCCAGUGACAUGCACAACAACAGCAACAGCAAUGGCGGUGGUAUUGGCACUACAGCGGCGAGCAUUGCAAACGAAUUGGAGGAGGUGGCUGACAAUAUUUACAAUACACUGAAAUGAUGACUAAUGUGAUUUAGUUGGAAAUUGGGUGCAUCGGUGUUGAGCAUGAUAAGCAACGGCAAGGGGUUCUAUUGAGCCGCCACGGCGUUGCCAACACAAUUGCUCAGCAGCAAUUCGAACUGAGUGCGUGAGAACUAGUGAUUAAAUCUAAUUUAAUAUUAAACUACGAUUCGAACUGCUCGAAAGAGGAAACAGAUAUGUGAUGUUUAGGGUUUUCUAAGCGAUAAUGAUAAAGGUGCGUUUAGAAGGUUUUUUUGUUUUUAAUAUUUAGAUACAUAUUGAUAUGGCGUUAGCUUAGUGUGGAUGGCGUGGGAUUUUGUAUUUAACUAAGUGUAAUAGAUAUAGAAAUAUAUAUCGGUAAAAUGUAGUUUUAAUCAAAAUAAACUCAAAGACAUGCAAAAGUUCGAAAUUUAAUUCCAUUAAGUUACUUUUGUCAAUAAAUAUAUUCAGAAAGCUUGUGAGAAUGACUUCGUGUAAUCCAGAAAGGCGGAAAUUAUUGUGUUGAGAAUCAAACGAAUAGAUAUUCUAGAUCAAGUUUCAGAUAGGAAAAUGGGAAACUAAAAAUUUUUAAUUACUUUUCAACAAAAAUAUGUUUUUCAUGUUUUAAAAUCCUACUCCCAACAGAAAACUUGAAUACACGGCUCUAUUUGAUACAAUAGCACAUUAUUUUUGAAAUCUCUCUCGAUUUGAAGCUCUUUCCGUCUCUCCCUUACAUAGCUUGAACAGUUUAAACCACAUAUUUCUUGUUUUCGAAAAGCUCAAGUGGAAGUUUACUUUUACUUUUAGUGCUCUGCAGCUUUCACAAAUAUAGAAAGACAAAUUUAAGACACUCACACAUGUAACUCUCGAAGUUUUGUGGAUUAUUUUGCUUCUCAUUUUUAAAUGAAGAAUUAUGUUCUUUUAAACAGUAUUGCAUAUGGGAAAAUAAUAUGAAUAAAAGCUUCAUUAUUUGUAAUAACAACAAAACAAUUACAGUAAAUACCCAAAAAAUCUAUAGGUAACUUAAACGAAAAUCAAAAUGAGUCGCGCAAAUUAGUAUUAACAAUAAUUCAAUACAAAUUUAAUGAAAUAGUAUUAAGCUUGCUGCAGUAUAAGCACCAAAACGCAUUUAAAUAAGACACCUAAAUUGAAACGCAUUAAUAAAAUAUUAGUAACUGUGAAAUUAGAAGUACAUAGGCAAUCAUACAAGUAGCAAAUCGGUACACUAAAUUGUAUACGACUAAAAAUUUAGUUGAUUAUUCUCGAUUUAAUAUAAGAUCAAGCGGGUUAUAUAAGAUUAAUUUCAGAUUACUCAAUUAAUCUAAGAUUAGUCUCAGAUUGGAAGCUAAACGAAUAUUAAUUUUAAAUUGAACGAUUUAAGAUUAAUUUUAGUUUAGCCGAGUAAUCUAAAAUUAAUUUCUUGUUAAUCAUUUAAUCUAGCAUUAAUUCUCGAUUGGUCGACUAAUCUAAGAUUAAAUUUAGUUAAAUCGACUAAUGCAAGAUUAAUUUCAGAUUAAACGAUUAAUAUAAGAUUUUCUUUAAUUAAUCGUCUUUAGAUUAAUCGACUAAUCUGAGGAUUAAUUUCUUGUUAAUCAUUUAAUCUAAGUAUAAUUCCAGAUAAAUCGACUAAUCUAAAAUUAAUUUUAGUUUACUCAACUGACACAAAUUAAAUUUUAGAGAUCUUAAAAAGGCGAUUAAUCCAAAAAAUACACCGAUCGGCUAAUUAGCUCCGUUUGUCAAGUUAUUGAAAAUGUUUCCGUAGCAAUAUUUUCAACAUUAUAAAAAUAUAGAAAUUAGGCGAUUAAAAUCGUUUAACUAAAAGUCGCAUAGUUAAUCACUAUCACAAUAAAUCGAUUAUUCACGACACUGAUAAACACUCUUCUUCACUAAAUCAUUAACAUAUGAACUUUAUUUGAAAUAAAUUACAGGCCUAUAUUUGCUUCAAGAAGAGAUAUUUCGAAACCCUAAACAACUUCAUCUUAUGUACAUUGUAAAUACAAAAACAUACUAAUUUGUGGCAGAGCAAAUAUACCUAGAUAUUCAUACAAAUAUAUUAUCGACAUGAAUCACAAAUCAUCAAGCAAUUAAUCAAGCCAUCACUAUAUAUGUGUCACAAUUAAAGCAUACAAUAUUUCAACCAGAAGUCAUAGCCAUACAAAAAAUAUAUAUAAAUAUCUCAAAAUCAAAUUAAAUAAAAUAUCAGCAGUCCUGCAAUGAACUCAAAUUUCACUCGACUCAAGAAAUCUAAAAAAGCUCAAAUCUGUUAUUUAUGAUAAGUGUUUUUUUUUUUUUCAAAGAAAAUUAUUUAGGAGAAAAUUUGGAUCUAAUUUUGUUUAGAAAUCGAAAACUAGUUGAGAAAACUAUAUUAAUCUCUCAAAAGGAUGGUUCGAGCUUUUGAAGCUUUCAUUUCUCAAACACAUUUUUUGAUUAAAGAAGACACGAGCACUUAAUUUAGAAUUAAGCGUUAUGCUUUAUUAACUGUCUUAAAGCUUUUUUUUUUACAUGAAACUCUGAGGCCUGAUAAAAGCUCUAAAGUUUUUUUUGCAUAAAGUUUAAAGGACAGAUGAAAGCUGUAAAGCUUCUAAGCACAAAAUUUUGAAAAUUGAGAAAGCUCUAAAGCUCUGAGACACAAAGCUUUAAGUAUUGGUAAAAGCUUUAAAGUUUUUAAGCACACAGUUUACUGAAAUAUUUAUUUUCUUGGGCAAGCGGCUUAAAAUGAGAACAUUUUGGAUUUUAAUGAAGUGAGCGAGUUUUGAAAAUGUGAAAUAACAUAAAACAGGUUGUACAAAAAAAAAAAAUUUAACACCCAAAUCAUGCACAGGAUAAGUACACUUGCAGGACAGUAUGUAUUAUUAAUAAUAUAUACAAAAUAUAUACAAUAUAUCUCACCACUCACAUAAGCAGCAUUAUCAUUCGUGGAAAUCAGUAAUUUCGCAGCUUUGCAAAUACUGUUUGAAUUCUGUMAUCACUAAAUAAACACCAAAACAUUAAUAGCCAUCUCAGAGCACACAUAUGUAGUAUAACUGUACAUGCCAUUUCACACACUCACAAGAGCACAUUUUAACAGAAGUUAGAUGUUAUUGAUAGCCCUACAGCCCGACUCAUCAAUCACCACCCAAAUAAAAAAAAAAAAUUAAUUGGGCAAAAUUCAAUAUCAUUUUUGAAAUCGAAUAUGUGCGAUUGCAAAUUAUAAAUAUGUAAAUAUUAAAUUUCGAACCAAAAGCGAUAAGCAAUGUAUUUAAGAUAUUUUUAAUCAAAUAUUCGAACUCCAAUAUUUACUAAAGCAAAGUAAAUGAAAAGGAAAUCAUUGAAAUCUAAAUAUUGCUUAUAGUAUUGCAAGGCAAUUUAAAUACACGCUACAACAACAAAACGGUUAUACGACGUCUGUAGCUUGUGUAAAGUAUUAAAUUAGCGUAAAAAUAUUGAUUUGUAAUUUUAGCUGUAAAUAAAUAACAAUUAAGCUUAAAAAAUAAUAUUUAAUUUGAAAACAAAUAUGUACAGCGGCGGUGGAACAGAAAAUGUGUAGUAGGUAAGAAUAUAAUCUAAUAAAAAAUAUUUAAAA